AAAAAUAAAUAAAAAGAUGCGUGGGGACACGUGUACGGUGGAUGGCGUCGGACGGGCCUCUAUAAAUCGCGGUGAAACGAGUGGUUUGAAAUCAGCCAGCUUCAAGUUUCCGAUUAAAAUCCAAACAUUUGAGUUCCGUUCGUCGUUUAAGAAGAAAGAAGAAAGAAGAAAGAUGCCGAAGUGUGGAUGUGGCUCUGCCUGCAACUGCGAUCUCAACAACUGCUCAUGCAAACAUGAUGCCGCUCCCAUCAUGAAACACAGGAACUUGUCGGGCGGCUGCAAAUGUGGAGCGAAUUGCAGUUGCGACCCGUGCAACUGCUAAAGAAAGGCGUCGGAGCUUUCGAUAUGAAAGGGCAUAAUUUAGAGCAAGGGUUGGGUUUGGUUCUGUGUGUUUGUGUGUGUAAGGUGUUUGACAAAAUGCCGCUUACAAAUACUUCAAAGAAAUAAUGAACCACAUAUAUAUCUAUGUACCUUUGUUUUCUAAUGUUAUUUCAAAUGGGCUGGUUAUGACUGCCCAAUUUCUAUUAUUA